AACCUGUGAUUAAUAAGCAGUUACAAAUAACACGUUAAAGGAUGAUAAGUCAAAAGCCAUAGUCACGUGACGAAUUUUAUUUUUCAGCCACUUACAACUAUCAGCUGUUAAUGGGAGUAUAGCCCAAAAUGGAACUGAAAGAAUGUAUUUUCUGUUUGAUUUUCAGCUGAAAGUUGAGUUGUCACUAAUUGAAAAAAUUAUCGGAAAUUGAAAUUAAAUAUUUAUUAUGACUUGAAGUUAAUUUCCAGCAAUUUAUCAUAGUGAUUAGAAUAGUGAUUGUUAAAUCAGUGAAAGUAUUUAUUCAAUUAUUUCUGAACAAGACUUUGAAGGUAUGGAUAAAAUAGAUAGAGGCUCCUACGAAAGAUUAAGUAUACGAGAUAGUAUAAGGGAAUCAGCACAAUCUCUAAGAAAAUAUGGCAGUACUAGCAAACAUGUUAUGAAGAAUGAAAAUUACAUUAAGCACUUUGUGACGAACACGGACACUUUACAAGGAAUUGCAUUAAAAUAUAACGUUACUAUUGAACAAAUACAUAGAGCAAAUAAAUUAUGGACCUCGGAUAGUUUAUUUUUAAGAGAAUAUCUUCUAAUACCUAGCGAAGAAUCAUCUUCUAGUUUUGUUGAUCUUAAAGAACGACCUAAAUCGAUAUCGAGUCUUACGUCUCCUAGUAAUUCUAGUUUCGAUGAAGAAGAUAUUGGAGGUUUUUUAAGUAAAAUCGACGCGGCAAUUGCUACAAGCAAGGAAGGCGUCAAAAAAACUAGUAGAUCUAACGAAUUUGUUGAUGAUUUUGAAGAAAUCGAGAGGCGAUUACCACCCGUAUCGAGAAUGAAGCAGAUGGUGAAUAAUAACAGUAGUAACAACGUAAUUUCGGAACAAGGCAGUCUCUUACACAAUCCAAAUAGUAUAGUUGUACAGCAAGGUACUAAAGCUCGUACGUCCCCGAAACAACACGAACAACAUCAAGAUGAAUUUUUUGAACUAUAGCUAAAAUACUGAUUAAAUUUUUUUUUGUUGGAAUAUUAUACCUACCAAAAAUACGAGAAUAAAUACAAUUGGUAAAUAUAUAAUAUAUACCGGAUGUCCCGCUACGACACUAUGAAAUAUAUCUAGAAAAUAAAUUGAAAUUAUAAAGUGUUUCGAUCAAAUUUUUAUUAUUUUACAUUUUUUGAAAGAAAAAAUGUUUAAUAUUUGUAAUAUUUCAAAUUUUUUCUUGUCAAGUACUAGUGGACGUACUGUAUACUUUAAAGGAGUAGAUAAGAUAUUAUAAAAAGAAUAAAACACAAAGAAUUCUAUCAAAGCUAGAAGGUGAGCUAUAUCUUCUUUUUAUCCUUCUUUCUGUUAUUGUCAACUCUUCUUCUGUUUUUAUCAUUGUUUCAGUGCUAUACAUUAGUAUCUUGUCUCAUCAUUGUUUUAUCCAAUUUGAUCUUCUUAUUAACAUUGAAUUAUCCACUAUGUUAUCUCAUACUGUCAAUAAAUGUCACAAUAUUUUUUUUCUUUUAUUUUUUUUGAAAUCUUCUCAUUUCACUUCAUAUUUAUUUUUAUCAAUUUCAAUCAGUCCCGUUAUUUUUCUUUCAGUUAUUGGUAACUUUUCUUUCUUUUGCUCUUUGGAAGUCAACAAACAGCAUUUUCAAAUCGUUUUAGUGUUUUUUUGUCUAUUUAUUUUUCUCAAAAUAGGAUCAUUUAGAAUAUGAAAUGUGUUAUUAGUCUCUUAAUUUUUUUAUAUAACUUCAUCACUCUGUAUAUUUUGGCAUAUUUUGAUUAAUAUUUUAAUUACAAUGUAAAAAUUUUGUUAUUGAAAGUUUUUUAAUAAUCGUCUAUAGUAAAACUGUGAUUUUAAUUAUUAUUAUAUAAUUAAAUUUCCACCCUGUAUAUUUUAUAUAAUUUAUUUAUCUCGCAAUAAAUCUGGAAAAUUUCAAUAACUGAAGUGAUUUUUCGAUAAAAUCGUGCUCAAUAUGAAUAAACUGACUAAUUUUAGCUUCUAAUUGAUACCAGAGUGUUUCUUAAAUAGGGCGUUUCAAAAUUAAUGAGAAGCUUAUAGAUGUAGACAAUAAUUUUGAUAAUUCGUUAAAAUUUUACAAUUUAAUAGUAAUAUCACUGAACAUUAAUAUGUACAGGGUGAAAUUUGAAAUAUAAAUAGUUUCCGGUUCUUGUGGGGCAUCCUUUUGAUAUCGAUAAAUAAACUCAUGCUCUAAUUAUUUUUUUUUGUAUCGAUAUAAAUGUUAUUUUUGUUUGUAAAUAUAUUGAAUGUAAGAAAGAGAUGUAUUGAAUAUGUAUAUGAUUAACGGAUUAAAUAUUUUCUUGUA